CAACCCGCGAUCUGCGCAGGCAAUUUCAGAGGAACAACUCAAGAACAUCAGGGCAUCUCCUGUCAUCUCCAUGAUGAUUGAUGAGUCUACUGACCGCACUGUUUCGCACAACCUGGCCGUGUACAUUACAUACGUGGCGCCCGAUGACAGCAUCAAGACUGAGUUUCUGCAACUGGAGGCAAUGAACAAUGGUGCCACGGCCGUGAACAUCUAUGACAGGCUCAAGGAGGUGUUCACGGAGAGCAAGAUUGAUUGGAGUAAGCUUGUCGCCUUUACCAGUGACGGUGCCAACGUUAUGGUUGGGAAGCACUGUGGAGUGGCGACCCGCAUCAAGACGGAUUGGCCCUGCGUCCUGACUAGCCACUGCGCUGCGCACCGACUGGCUCUGGCCUGUGCGGACUUCUUCAAGGAGUUCCCUGCCCUGGUCAAGGUGGACAACAUGCUCUCUAAGAUCUACAACUACGCCAAGACCUCGACAGUGCGAACCGCUGCUCUGAACGACAUGUACAAGGAAAGGAAGGCGAAGGCAUACAAGAUCCUGAAGCCGCACACGGUUCGGUGGCUUUCCCGGUCUGAGUGUGUGAGGCGGAUCAAGAUUACCUACCCGAUCCUGCUUGCCUUCUUCAAUGAGCGGAAGAAGGACAAGAAGGAUGUGGCCGCGGCCGAGAUUUACGAGUGGCUCAGGCAGGUGGACAACCUCCUGCUCAUCACCUGCAUUGACGGAGUUCUGGCUGCAACAGCGGAAUUGAGCAAGUGGUUCCAGCAGAGUGAUCUCGCCCUCGUUGACGUGCAUCAGUACCUGGAACUAGGGCUACGGCACCUGAUCAACGCCUACACCUACCACAAGGAGGGCGAGACGUCGAACGCACCUCCAUCCUUUACGGCACCCAUCCAGGCCCUGAUCAAGGACCUUGCAGCGAAGGAUGGCGUGUUCCACGGCCACCAGAUGGUGCUGACAACCCCUCCCACGACGAUCGCGCCUGCCACCACCACCACCGCCACCACGACAGCGGAGUCUGACAGCGACAAUGACGGCUCUGACACCAACACUGACACGACAGCGGAGUCUGGCAGCGACGAUGAUGACACGGCACCUACGGCACCGAGCUGGGCGGCUUUCCCUCAGACUCUAUUCCGCAGCAAGCUUGCUCUCAGCAGCAUGGUCAAGAAGCUGGUUGAGAACAUCAAAAUGCGAUUCCCCGCUGAUGUCUCAGUGGCUGCAAAGUUUGGGGUGCUGGGCCCCCGUGCAUUGGCUGCUGAUUCCGGUGUGCCGAAGUAUGGCGAGGAAGAGGUGGCCGCUUUGGCACAGCACUUUAAGCCCGUCUUGGGUGAUGAUUGCCUGUUGGCAGUUGACCAGUGGGUGAUGGCUCGGGCGCGCCUGAUUGCAGUGGCAAAGGAGCAGAAGAAGAGUGGUGAUGUUAUGAAGGCGAGGCCGUUCUAUGAGAGGCUCUUGUCGUGGCUGUCUGGCAUGGGCCGUGAGCUCACUGUCCUGGUGCAGAUUAUGCUUGUGCUGCAGCCAUCUACGGCAGAAGUUGAGCGUGGCUUCAGCGCGAUGAAUGACAUCAAGACGCCUGGCCGGGCAAGCAUGAAGCUUGGCACCCUUGACGUACUGAUGCGUGUGCGCCUUGUGGGCCCACCAAUUGCGUACCAGCAGCGGCCUGUGGCUGGUGUCUCCCUUGCCCCGUAUGCUGAGUUUGAUGCAACGCUGCUGGGGCCUGCAGUUCAGAAGUUCGCUGCAAAGCUUGGCCGCGUGCCCCAGCGCAGCAGCCACAACGCCCGCCCGUCCCGUGUGAAGCAUCGUGUGUGUGAGAUUGAUGUCAAGGCACUUCUGAAGGAGGCUGAGGAGGAGGCCGUUCAGAAUGUGGAUGUCUCGUGCUAAUAAUUUGGCAUACGAACGUUUGAAUUCUUUGAAAGCGGUCCAUCUAGCAAAUACAUACCCGAUACGAUUGUGUAUGAUUGAAACGUUGAAAGAAGGGACGAUAGUGUAUUGGGGAUUCGAUGCACGAGGGUGUGUGCCGACGUGUGAAGAUGACUAAACUGGAAGCGGUUAGGCCGCGAUGGCGCUCUGCCUGUGUGUAUGUGCGGUAGAACUGUGACUGGUCAUGGCUUUGGCCCCGGCACUUCGGUGACAGCAAGCAGUUAGCAGGUAUAGCAUGUACGCCGCGCAGGCAAGCGAAGGCUCAGAGUUGCUUGGGGAAACGCGCUGCGACAUGCCUGUGCAUAUGAUCGCAUUUGGACUUGUUCAUUAGUGUUGCACUGCGUGAAACAGAUACAAAAGCCGCCGUUUACAGUUGCGAAAAAGCGAAAUUGCAACAUGUCAAGAUGUCUAGACAUUUUACAUGGCUUCCACAAAGGCACUUUGUCUAGACAAAAAAAUCGUGGAUUUGGGGGCCUGUUUGUCUACCCCCUUGACAAAAAUUUCCGCUCCAGAGGCCAGGAAUGUCUGGGUCAAGACAUUCCCCCGCAAACAAGAUACGACCCCUGCCCGGACGCCAGACGACAACAUGCCGGCCCUGGUCAACUACAUGAGCUGCCGAGGCCCCAGCCGGUUGAGUGCUGGCGAGGGAUGUAGCACACUAGCAUUAUGGUGGAGUCAGGAGGAAGGAAGGGCCCGAUGCAAGAAGGCGUCAAGCUAGGACCAGGUAGGACCGUUUGGUGCGGGUGGUUAGCGGUGCCGGCGUGAGUUGGUGAGGUCAAAGUGACGAGUGAGUAUGACGGUCGGCCCAUCUCGGACUUAAAGGCCACUCUCCUUUUCGGCCGGCCCAGUAUGUAAGUGUGGAUACAG